ACUUAGUGAUGUGAUUAUACCUACUUAAAUAUGCCGAAAGUUAUUGAGCUUACUAUUGAAAUAGAAGUUCAAAAAGUAUCAUGUCCCGGUGUCUGGUUGUGUCAAGAUGGACGUGUAUCACUCACCAUGUUUGCUCUUGGUACGAGUUACCAGACAUGCUUACUGCCACCUGUGUUCCCACUUGCAUUCAGAGAUAUCUUUUACUUUCGCAAGAGAUUUCAAGAGAGCUGUGCCCUGAAUAACAUUUCAUGCUUGUUGAAGGACGAAACAAUAUACUGUGAAUUAGUACAAUGGUGUGAGGAUUGUACAACCGGAGACUGUGUCAUCUUAGCUCAAUAUCUAGGAGCGAUCAACGAUGUACUAUUUCCACCUAACAUGUGUUCGACCGAUGGUGUAGACCUUCUCAUGAGGAGAUCUAAGGACUUUCCAGGCAUCCUAUCUCCAAAAAUUGAGAUAGCUACAAAAGUCCGAAUAGAUGAAGUAUGGAACAAGCACUCUCACAUGUUUAGCACCGCAAAAGUGAAAGUAUGCCAUUGCAGUCCACGAGCAGAUAUUGAGACAUCUCGACAGAAACAAGUGUGUCACUCGGCACAGUAUCACAGAAUUAAAUGCAAUAAAACUAGAAGAUCGUCAAGAUCGAGAUCGCGAUCAGACGGCUCCCGGUCGUGCUGCAGUUUGACAAAUGAUGUUCAAGAUGCAAAAGUACACUCGUCAUGUCGUUGUCCGAAAAUAAGGGAACCUGAAACAGAACAGUCCGAAGUACCAAACGAAGAAAGAUUACAAAAAAUUUUACUCGAAAGUCGAUAUAUCGAUCAAGAAGUGAAUAACAACAAUAAUCCGAAAUUCAAUAAGAUUUACAAUAAGAAAAUAACUCCGUGCGUUUGUGAAAUUUGCAAAAGAUACCACGAAUUGUUUCAUAGUAGCGAAGAUAGUUAACGUAGACUGGCACAGCUACAAUUAAUAAAAAAAGUAACUGAGACUGCCUUUUUUAGUUCAAGAGCUUCAAAAUCAAUAAACACAUGAAGUCUUCAUGUUGAAAAAAGUUUUAAUGCUUUAAUAAUUUAUUUAUUUUAAUAUAACGGGUGUAUGCAUUAUAAAGUUUUAGUUAUUUUUAAUGUUAUUAUAAAAUCAUGUUUAAUAUCAUGCUUUUUAACCGUUUAUUGUCUAGAUAAUUUUUAAUUAUAUAAUUUUUUUAAUUAAAUAAAACAAUUUUACACUGUUA